CCGAUCCGACCAUGGCGGCAGACGCACUUCGGGGCCUUCUCCCCGGCGUUUACGCCGUGCUGAUGGUAAUCGCCGUCACAAGCGCCGCCUCCAGCGACGCGUCCUCGGUGGUCGUCGGCCUCGCCAAAUGCGCCGACUGCACCAGGAAGAACUUGAAGGCCGAGGCGGCAUUCAAGGGUCUUGAGGUGGCGAUCAAGUGCAAGAACAGCAAAGGCGAGUACGAGAGCAAGGCCAUGGGCAAGCUUGAUGGCUUCGGCGCCUUCAGCAUCCCACUUAGCACGGACCUCCACGGCGCUGACUGCGUUGCACAGCUCCACAGCGCUGCGGGGAACCCGUGCCCCGGUCAAGAACCUUCCAGAAUUGUGCCACAAUCGUCAAAGGGCAACUUCGUCGUGGUCCCUGGAAAGACAGACUACCCAUCGAAGGAAUGUGCGUCCGCAACCCUGUGUGGGUCGAUCAAGAAGCACCUACUAGACCAUUUCCACAAGAAACCUGUGCCACCAAAGCCAAAGCCAGAACCUAAGCCAGAGCUGGAGCCGAAGCCAGAACCUAAGCCAGAGCCAGAGAACCACCCACCUACACCAACAUACGGAUCCUCAACUCCGAUCUACCAUCCUCCAUCCAGGCAGUUGUUUGACAAGAAACACAUGUUUGAUAACUUCCACAAGCACCACGACUACCAUCACUUCUUUGACCACUUCCACAAGAAACCAGUUCCACCAAAGCCAAAACCAGAACCUAAGCCAGAACCAAAACCCAAGCCCCAGCCAGAGUACCACUCUCCAACUCCAACAUAUGGGUCGCCCACACCGAUCUACCACCCUCCGGCUAGGCAUUUGUUUGAUAAGAAGCCCUUGCUAGAUCACUUCCAUAAGGACCAUGACUAUCACCACUUCUUAGACCACUUCCACAAGAAACCCGUGCCACAAAAGCCAAAGCUAGAACCCAAGCCACAGCCUAAGCCCGAGUACCACCCUCCGACACCCACAUAUGUUUCUCCAACUCCCAUCUAUCACCCGCCCGCUGAGACAGAAAUGAAGUAUGACAAGAAGCACUUUGAUCACUUUCACAAGGAUCAUGACUACCACCACUUCUUUGACCACUUCCACAAGAAGCCUGUGCCACCCAAGCCAAAACCGGAGCCAGAGCCAAAGCCAAAGCCACAACCUAAGCCAGAGUACAAGCCCCCCAUGCCCACAUACGGGUCUCCAACUCCUAUCUACCAUCCUCCAGCCAAGAAAGAAGUGGCAUUUGACAAGAAGCACUUCCUUGAUCACUUCCACAAAGACCAUGACUACCACCACUUCUUUGACCACUUCCACAAGAAGCCUGUGCCACCAAAGCCUAAGCCGGAGCCCAAGCCAGAGCCCAAACCACAACCUGAGCCUGAGUACCACCCACCUACACCGACCUAUGGAUCACCGACUCCCAUCUACCACCCUCCGGCCAAGCAUUGAUCGAUGGAGUUGAAUGGUGGUCAGUGAUCGACGUCGCUAGCUAAGAGUUGCAUGUGUGGUCUAGCUAGCGUGGUUUGCAGUCCUGCUUUUUUGUUUCUACAGAAUAAAUUAUAGCUUUAUUUGGGUAUGUAUACUUAUUUGUGUAUCGGUUAGUAUCAUAUAAAUGUAUGAUUUGAGUGUGCGUUGUUUUU